AUGAAUGGGCCAGUGGAUGGUUUAUGUGAUUACACGCUUGAUGAUGAAGGGGCUUUCAUGUUCACAUCGGAGUCUGUGGGAGAAGGGCAUCCAGACAAAAUCUGUGAUCAAAUCAGCGAUGCUGUGCUAGACGCCCACCUCAAACAGGACCCGAAUGCCAAGGUUGCUUGUGAGACAGUAUGUAAGACAGGAAUGGUGUUGCUCUGUGGGGAGAUCACUUCUCGUGCUAUUGUGGAUUAUCAGCGAGUUGUCCGAGAUGCAAUUAGACAUAUUGGCUAUGAUGAUUCAGCUAAAGGCUUUGACUACAAGACUUGUAAUGUUUUAGUGGCACUGGAACAGCAGUCACCUGAUAUUGCCCAAGGUGUUCAUCUACACAGGAACGAAGAGGAUGUUGGUGCUGGAGAUCAGGGUUUGAUGUUUGGUUAUGCAACAGAUGAGACAGAAGAAUGUAUGCCCUUGACAAUUAUUCUUGCUCAUAAACUGAACGCCAGGUUAGCAGAGCUGAGGCGUAGUGGAGAGCUCCCUUGGCUGAGGCCUGACUCCAAGACACAGGUGACAGUUCAGUACACCCAGAAGAAUGGAGCAGUGGUUCCUGUGCGUGUUCACACCAUUGUGAUCUCCGUGCAGCACGAUGAGACCAUUUCUCUGGAGAACAUGCGCAGGACCCUGAAGGAACGUGUGAUCCAAGUCGUUGUCCCUGCUAAAUACUUGGAUGACAAAACUGUUUAUCACCUUCAGCCUAGUGGACGUUUUGUUAUUGGAGGGCCUCAGGGUGAUGCUGGUGUCACCGGGAGGAAGAUCAUCGUGGACACCUACGGCGGCUGGGGCGCGCACGGCGGCGGGGCCUUCUCCGGCAAAGACUACACCAAGGUGGACAGGUCGGCCGCCUACGCGGCCCGCUGGGUGGCCAAGUCCCUGGUCAAAGCUGGGCUCUGCCGCCGUGUUCUGGUUCAGGUUUCUUAUGCCAUUGGGGUUGCUCAUCCACUGUCUAUUUCACUGUUCACUUAUGGAACUUCCCAAAAAACAGAGAAAGAGCUGCUGGACAUUGUGCACAAAAACUUUGAUCUUCGGCCUGGAGUCAUUGUCAGGGAUCUAGAUCUAAAAAAGCCCAUUUACCAGAAGACUGCCUGCUAUGGUCACUUUGGAAGACAGGAAUUCUCAUGGGAAGUGCCUAAAAAACUUGUGUUUUGA